CACUAAAAUCCAAACUCCAGCACUAGGCCGAAACCUCAACGACUUAUCAACUUUCGGAACUAACAGUCUUCUCCACUGUUGAUUUUUAAUCACAUAAAUACUGCGAACUCAUGGUCUCAGUACACCAUGCAUGGCUACUAGCAGUACAGGCUCUUCGUGUGGGGAAACCAUGGGAGACUCCGAUCGUCACGGCUCGACCAACCCCAAAGAGGGAAGAACUGAGGAGACGAUGGUGGAAUUCUCUGAGGAUGAAGAGAUGCUUAUUGCCAGAAUGUUUAAUUUAGUUGGACAAAGGUGGUCUUUGAUUGCUGGGAGAAUCCCUGGAAGGACAGCAGAGGAGAUCGAGAAGUACUGGGGUUCAACACAUAGCUCACAGUUACGACCGCGAAACGAAAGAUAAACAUCUUUAGACCUGAGUAUUCUUAUCGUGUUCGUAUUGUUGUUUUCAUGUGUUAUAAUCGUGUUUGAGGUAUUACAUCUUUA